AUGAUUCAGGAAAAGAUGAAAUCGUCUCAGAGUAGGAAGAAGAGUUACCAUGAUGAGAGAAGGAAAGAUACUGAGUUUCAAGUUGAAGAUCAUGUGUUUUUAAGAGUGAACCUCGUGACCGGUGUCGAACGUGCUUUGAAGUGUAGGAAGUUGACACCAUAUUUUAUUGGUCCAUUUGAGAUCAUUGAGAAAGUGGGAGCAGUAGCGUAUCGGAUUGCGUUGCCGCCGUUGUUGUCGAAUCUUCAUAGUGUAUUUCAUGUAUCUAAACUCAAAAAGUAUGUGUAUGACCCGUCACAUGUGAUUCAAGUGGAUGAUUUGGAAGUAAUUGAUAAUUUGACCGUUGAGACUUGGUCGGUGAGGAUUGAACAUCGAGAAGUGAGGAGGUCAAGAGGAAAAUAG